AUGGCAUCUUUCAAGCAAUUAGUUAUAUUUCUAUUAUCACUAGUCGGUUUUGUGUAUACAUUUUAUGUAGUUGGUUCAUUUAUGUUUUUCCUGUCGAAUCCGCGAACUCCUUCAAAAAUAUAUGUGUGGGUAUUUAAUUUACUGGACAAUAAAUCCCGUCUCGAAACAAGCUAUGGUCCAAUAUUAUAUGACACACUCUACAUUAUCGGAUUUGUAUUAACACAUAGCUGUAUGAAAUCUGGUCUUGUGAAAAGCGCUAUGGAGAAGAUGGGUUUGGCAGCAGCAGAACGUUCAUUGUAUUGCCUUACGUCAUCGUUAAGUUUACAGUAUCUCAUUCAAAAUUGGAAACCAGCACAAUCUAUAAUACUGUGGCAGGUCGAUGUGUCUUCUAGCAAUGUUUAUUGGUGGACAUUUAUUUUGGUACAUGCCUUUGCUUGGAUGAUAAUUUAUGGUGGAAGCAUAAUAAUGGAUUUGCCAGAAAUAUUGGGAGUGAAGCAGACAUAUUACGAUAUGAAAAACUACGCUCAGCCUAUAGCUUACAAAUCAUUUAGACUACGUCAUUUGUACACCCACGUUCGUCAUCCAUCUUUUGCCGGUUUAUGUGUAAUCUUAUGGGCUACAAACCUUAUGACUUUAGAUCGCUUUUUCUUAGCAUCAUUAAUGACACUAUAUAUGUACUUCGCCUGGUCAACAGAUCGUAGUGAUAUUGCAUACCAGCGCAAUCAGUUUCAACGCAAAGUACAGGAACUGAUAAAGGAGUAAUUGAAAACAAACUGGUGACGCGAAAGAGUCGUAACGGAAUUUAAUUUUUAUUGGGAUUUCCUAAAACUAUUUCAAUAAUAUUAUUUGCUAUUAAAUUAGUAGAAAUUACUAAACUAGGUACUUAAUAUGUUUCUCAUUGCACAAAUCUCAUUUUUAAAAGUAUAAAUAUCUUUAUUUGCCAUAACGUAUUCUAUAAUAAAUAUUUUCUACCAAAAAUUGCA